GUUGGAGACAUGAUCUCUGUAAUAGACAUGCCAUCAGCUGAAGACACCAUCUGGUGGAGAGGAAAGAGGGGCUUUGAGGUGGGAUUUUUUCCUGCUGAAUGUGUGGAGAUUAUUGGAGACAAAAUUCCAACCUCCAUGGCAACUCUGAUCCCAGAGCCGGUUGCCACAGCUUCGGCUUCACGCAGACCUUCACCAUUGAUGAAGAAACAUGGCAAGCUGUUAUCAUUUCUGCGCACAUUUUUUUCUCACCGGCCUCCGCGCAAUCAGCUGAAACAGUCAGGCAUUGUCAAAGAAAGGGUUUUUGGCUGCGACCUUGGGGAGCAUCUGCUGAAUUCUGGCCAUGAUGUUCCACUUCUGCUGAAAAGUUGUACAGAUAUUAUAGAGGAGUAUGGGAUAGUCCAUGGUAUCUACAGACUAUCAGGAAUCACAUCCAAUAUACAAAAACUCAGGUUAGCAUUUGAUGAAGAUCGAGUCCCAGAUCUAACAGAUGACUGCUAUCUACAGGACAUACAUAGCAUCAGUUCACUGCUCAAAAUGUAUUUUAGAGAGCUCCCAAACCCGUUGCUGACAUACCAGCUCUAUGACAAGUUUGCUGAUGCUGUGAGAGAUGAAGAGAACAAAUUACUCAAGAUUCAUGAUGUCGUUCAGCAGUUACCCCCACCUCACUACAGAACUACUGAAUAUUUAAUGAGACACCUUGCUAGAGUGGCUGCCUUUGGACCUGAGACUGAGAUGCACUCCAAAAAUCUGGCCAUUGUCUGGGCGCCCAAUUUACUCAGGUCUAAAGAGCUAGAAGCAGGUGGCGGAGCAGCAGCUCUCCAGGGAGUGGGAAUUCAGGCUGUAGUUACUGAGUGUUUGAUCUGCUACUGUGAUAUCAUCUUUAGUGACAAGAUGCCAGAUUAUAACUCACAGGAUUCCACAAGAGCUCCAAGGAAGACCCGCCCUAAGUCCCUGGCCAUCUCCAGCCCAACCCGUCUCUUAUCUCUAGAGGAAGCCAGAGAAAGAGCAUUUGUUGGUCACAUGGCACCAAAGAAGUUUAUUGAUGUAGGAGGUGGACCCAGAAACCUUCCAUCUAAAUAUCACACAGUGAUUGAUUUGCCUGGUUACAGUAAACCUGCCUCAGGUAACAAGAAAAUGUCUACAACCUGUGGUGGUGGUGGUGGAAGUGGUGGCUGGAAAUCUAUUUUUAUAAAACCUCGAAGUGGCAGCAUCAAAAAGUCCAGAAAAUAUGGUCCACAAGAUUCCAUGACCCUGGGAGCUGCUCAGGGAAAGGCUUUAACUGAAGAAGAUGUGCACAACUGGAAACGACAUCUUCGUUCAGCUAAAAGUGCUGAAUCUCUCUUCUCUCUCAUCAACUCGUCCCACGGCAGUCUCAGCAGCAGAACAUCAGUCGAUCAGACGCUGGUUCCAGAGGUCUCAGUCUUCAGUCAAGGUCACUACAAACUCCAGCUGUCCCACAAACGCUCACUGUCGUCUGAUGCUUCUGCUAUCCUCCAUCACUGCUGCUCCAGCCCAGACCCAGCAUUACAUCCUCAGUCACCAGAUAAAGACACACAGUCUUUUAAACGAGGGGAUUCCGCUCGAAAAGCCCUUCACAGACGCAUGCCAUCAGCACCCAGCACUCCCCACGAGGACAGGAAGUUACCCCGAGAGAGAGUACCAUCUGAUGAACUUGCCGCCAGUGAAGACCUGUGUCUUUCCUCUAGUUAUUCUCAGCAUGAAGGUGACAUGAAUAUCCAUGCAAAAAUCAACUUCCGCCUUUUACAAGUGGCUGAAAAAAGCCGAUCUGCUAAGUCACAAGAAGAGCUGACCUCACCGUUGAAGCGAAUGGCCAAAUGUUCGCCCCAGGACAGUAAGAGAGCAAAAGGGGCCGGUAAUAUACUAGUAGGCUCAAGGGAUGAUGCAAACAAGAAAAUGAUGGACUCCUGUUUCCAUGACUAUGCGGAAAUUGUGUCUGAUGAAGAUAUCAUAAAUACUCCAGAUAGCCAGGGGGCCAUAUCAGUGUCCAGUUCUGGCUGCAACAUGCAAGAUGUUCUUGAUCAAAUUGAUACACGACUGGCUUUAAAUGCAAAACUGUUUCCUCGUCAAGGGAUUGGUGAUACAUCAGGCUACCGUGUCGGAGACUCCCCGCUGUCCAUUGUUGAAACCAGCAGUCUUCCCAGUGAUAAACAGACAAUCUUCUCACCAGGUACUGGCUUGACUGCAGGUGUCCUGACCACACCUGUGCAGGCAUCUGUCAGUGCUGGCUCUCUGUACCCCAGCCAAUCCCCUACUGGUGUAGCAGUUUGUCCAGAAGAUCUCACAAUAAUAGGUUCCCUAAGAGAAUUCAAUAAGCUGCCAGAAGGCUUCCAGAGUUGGCCAGUGGAUGACAGUAAUCAGCAGCAGAUUUCAAUGAGAGCCCAAGUCAGACCAGAGUCUGGCAAGAUAAGAGCAGCAGCAGACAAAGCCACCUGUGGAACGGCCACCUCCACACUGGUAGCACGGCGACACACAGAAUUUAUACCUAGUUUAACCGCUGCAGCUAGAGAUUUGCAUAAUUUACAUGAACUGUUAAAUAGUUUAACAGGAGAGGACUCACAGCUAGAUGUCCAGACCAGGCAGCCAGUACUGCCACAGAAUCACAAAUCUUCUAGGAAUUCCUUUGUACAAACUCUUCAUGAUCCCACAGCAGGCAAAGUGACUAAACAGAAACCAUCCAUUGCAGCUGAUAGUUUUGAGCCCAGAGUAGAGGCAGGAAAAGCAGAAGGUCAUGUAGCAUUCACGUCAGUGGGGGUUGGCAGUGGGGGAAUGAGUAAAUGCCUCAGUGUGCCCAGCGACAUCGCCAGGUCACUGGAGAACGUCACAGAAAGCCAGUCUGAUCUGCUGUCAUCUGUCACCAUUAGUGAGCUUUCAGCAUCCAUCAACAGCUUCAGCAAUGGUCUUCCUCAAGAGCCUGCCUUUGUUUUUAAUGAAGCAAAGGCUUCGGCAGACAGUGCCGAUCGCCGACAUAGGCGUAGCACUAGUUUAGACAGUCUGCCGGAGAAUGAUCACCUAAUGACCAGAACAUUACGGGAAAUUAAUUCUCAGAUGGAGGCGGCAUUUCAGCACAACAAAAUCAGCAGUUCUAGGUGUAGUCUGGAUUCUCUGUCACAUCAGCAACGUUUAGCAGUGUCUGACCUGGAGCUGACUUCCACUGCGUUUGGUCAUCACCAAGGUACAAUUGCAACCACCACAGAUGUCAGUCAUAGAGAAUCUUCCGAAAAUUAUGUACAUUCGAGUCCAGGCAGUAUCAUUACCUGCAGCUCAUCUGAUAGAUUGCAGUCUUCAGCUGAUAAAUCUGGUCUGUUUGAUACAGAUGCUGGUGUGCCAUCUCAGAAACUGUUGGCAGAGGUGACCUUGAAUUCACAAACCAAGGAGUUUAAUUCAGAAGCCGGAGAUUGGGUUGCUCUCCCAUCUCUGCCAUUGAAUAUUGUUGGCAAGCAAGCCAUUUGUGAUGUUUUGCCAGCAUCAUGUUCCCCCUCACAACUGAGCCCUAGUGAUGGGCUACAGCUCUUUGGAGUUAGGCAACAGGAAGACUUUGAUUGUCUAGAAAAAUCAUGUGAUCAACAGUGCAGGCUUAGAGAGAAACAAACACACAAACAAAGUGAUGAACUCAUAGUGAUUGAAACGGCACAUGUAGUCAAGCACAAGCCUCCAGAGCUAGGUGCUGCUUCAUCAUCUAGCCAACAUCGUGUGCACAGUCAGAUUGGCAACUCCAGUGACAUAAAACACCAGCCUGCUCUACAGGUCAGUCUUACGGCCAGUGAUUCCACUUACUAUCAGGUUGUUCGACGUCAGCAUUCUCCACGAGUAGAGCAGAAGUCAUCAAGAUUUCAUCUCAAUGUUGAUGGAACCAGAUCCAACAUUGAAGACACUGAGGACAGCGUGAUAGCCAGUGGCAGGUGGAAACCUCUGUUCACAUCUGACAGUGCGGUGGAUGACACAGAGACUUGUGAACGGAUGUCCAGUCUCUGUGCCGCAGGUCUGAUGAGUCAGAGAGUCCGACUCAGUAGAGACUCGUCUGUCAGUAGUCUGCAGUCACCAGAUACUUCCUCUCCUUGUAUCUUGUCAGUGAGUGCCCAAAGCCCACUGGCAACACCUGUGAGAGAAGCAUUGCCCGAUUUAAUUCAGUCCACUGCCCUGACAGAAGCAGCAAAUGCAGACAACAGAAGAUGCAGUCAGCCUCUGCAACUUGUCCUCUAUCACCCUGAUGAAUUUUCUGUGGACAUAGCAACCUCUAUAUCCAGUCACAGCCCUAACUCCAGGUGUGCACCACUAUAUACCUCCCCCUUCGUGCCUCAGGUUCACUCUGUGUCACAGACAGUAGUUGUCACAAAAUCAACUUUGACCAAGUCAUCAACGAACAACUCUCUUUCGGAAGUUAUAAUGACAGACAGAACCAUCAGUGGCAGACCUCCAGUCACAGGUGGCUUAGACAUGAGGGAGGAGCAGGCCGGCAGUCUUCAUCUUAUGUUGGGUGGGGCGGAUGUCAGUAGGACUCCGACAUUGUUUCAACCACCAUGGUAUAAUUACACUGAUGCACGUGAUAUCAGUGAAGAAAAUAGACACAACAUUCAGGCUUGUAGAAGUGAGGGCAGUACUUCCUUUAACCAUGAUCAUAUUGCCGACAGCAGUCACAUCAGAUCUAGGGUCACAGACAGUGUAGAGAUGGCUUUGGCAGUAGAAAAGAUGCAGUCAUCAUGUACCCACGAGCAACAUACUCUAGGGCCUGGGCCCAGUCCCAGUCUAGACACUGAGGCCAAAUUGUUCUUCUUACAUAAUUCUGACCUAGGAAUUAACAAAGAGGAAGCCCAAAAUGUUGUCAACCAAGGUCGAGAAAUACUAAUGUCGCCAGAAAUAGACAAGUCUGGGCACAGAGAGAGAACAUAUCCAAGCCUGCAAAGUCCUUCAACUGUUCCUGUCCGCAGAACUUCUUUUUCCAAAAUCCCUCGCCCUAAACAGAACUGUGAUUUGGCAUCACCCAGGUCAACCAGCAAUGGGGGGAAAAGGACAGAAUUCUUAUAUCCAUCAUCAAUACAUGUGGAUACAUCACCAUCAUCAUCUUCUUCAUCUGCAUCUUCAUCUUCACGAGCUGGCCAUACCCGCAGGGCUUCUGAAGCUUCUUCAUGUGGAUCCACCACAAAACGCCAGGGUCACAUUCGAAGGUCAUCCGACACAAAACUGACUGACCUACAAACUGUGUCUCCGGUAGCCCGUGGCCAUUCAUCAACUAAACCUGACUUUUCAGGAACUGGGCCAGCUGUAACCAGUCCCAGAAACCGGGGUACUGAUCAGAAAAUGAACUCCACAGAUGUUGGAGGAAAGACUUCCCGCAUUCCAUUGUCUCAUCGCCUACCUAGUCCCCAGUCAAAUCGGGGAAAAGAUGCUUCCAGUUUGGGGAUUUUAAAGCAGAUAAGCAAAAUCCCAAGUCCGGUUCCGAAACCUCGUAAAUUAAACCUAAGCCCUAAAGGAAAUCAUGCAGCAGUGUCAGCUGAAGGUAACAACACUGUGAGAGCAUGCCCAACAGAUAUUUCAGGCAGAGUUGCAGGCAGUAAAGUUAGCAUAGUCAGGAGGGAUGCUGAAUCCACUACGAAGAAAGCUGUGAUUGUUAAAGACAUGCCUUCUAGAUCCGAAGCACAAUUAGUGAUAGAGUCACAAGCUGACAUGAGCCAUGUACAAACUGUUCAUGCCACUAAAGUUUCUCAGCCAGCAAGACAAGUAGCUGGAUCAAAUCCUGCAACAGAAUCAGUAUUGACUUCUUUCCCAUUGGCUAAUGAGACUUCAAUAUUGACUGUUACAUCUGGUGAAAUUGCCAGAAGCCAGUCACAUCUUCAGGCAGAAGUCAAAACUGUUGGAGGAGACAAGAAAACUCCUCCGCCUGUAGCAGCCAGAAAAUUUACUUAUGACUCCAGAUCAUUACCACGAAGAUCCACAUUUUUGGAAACUCAGAUGAGCUUCCCCGGGGAUCAGUCUUCUUGGCAGCUGUACACAGACAUGCUGGGUAGCCGCUCAUCCUUGGAUGAUUCAGUAUUACAGCUUGCUGCUGAAAGGCAUGAUUUGUUUGUUCCAGGUGUCCGGGAAGAUGGUAGCUGUUAUGCUCACUGUCUUGGCUCUCUGCGUGUGAAGCGUUCUCAGAAGAUGCAAAGUUUGAUGGAUUUAUUUGAGCAUAGAUCUGAUUCAGUGGCAUCAGAUAGUUCUGGAACUCAUAGCCCAGGUACACAGCACCGGGUUCGGACCUGUUCGGCGUCAGUGACGGCCCAGGGUGGACAGCUGACACCAUGUGUGGAGGCUGUUCUCUGUGAUAGCACACUUGAUGAUGACACUUUCUUACCACCAGCAUCAGAAGGUGAUGACACAUUGUCCAGUGACUGUAUUACGGGACCAGGUCAUGAGAAUUCAAAAAGUGGAGGGUGCACGGAAGCACCAGAGAAAUAUACUGCCGUUCUGUGCUCUUCCGUGACCCUUUCAAAAGGAGAAGAUGUAGCACAUGGAAGUUCAGCUGAACAGAGAUCUGUGAAUGUCAAACCGAUAGCCGAAACACAGCAACCUUCUUUGUCGUCAAAUUUUGAUCAGGCAUCUUUCUCCACAAUUUCAAAGCCUCCCUAUCACCACCAGCUCCCAGAAACUAGAACACGCAGCAAUUCCUCAUCUGAUGGUUCUGCAAUCCACCAAACAAAUGUCUGGACAUCUAGACCUUCUUCAUUUUCAGGAAUAGAUGUACAGCUGCAGACUUGUGGGUAUGCUCACCUGGCAGAUACACAUCCUCACCUGGCUGAUACACAUGCUCACCUGGCAGAUACACAUGCUCACCUGGCAGAUACACAUCCUCACCUGGCAGAUACACAUCCUCACCUGGCAGAUAAACAUCAGCCAUCAGUGUUUGACAGGCAGCAUUCUAGUUUGGUAUUCAUUAAUCCAGCACCCAGACACAUGGUCAGGCAGCUUUUCGAGUCAGAAGUUGCUCAUGAUGCAGAAAAUGAACUUUGCACAACAGUUGGUAACAGUGCAAUCAACACAGCGGCGCCAUCUCCAAGAAUGCACACAGAACGGCGGAAUAGCAUCAAAGAAUUAAAACAGCUGUUUGAGAGAGCAGAUACUGAGGGAAAUACAACUGCUGACAGUGGACUCAUAAAUGCUGAUGGGCAAUCAGUGUCAGUACGACCACGAGUAAGGUCAGUGUCUCCACAAACCGAUCAUGAGCAUGUGGUCAGAACAGACAGACCUUUGAGGCAUAGUCUGGAGAUCUCAUCCAGCUCUGUGAUUCAUCAGAGCUGCCAGUCAGAGCAGAUAUCCAGCUCUGUGACUGGUCACAGUUCACAGUCAGAGUUGAAGGCACAACCGCUGAGACUUGGUCCCAAACCUUUUUAUGGGGCACAUAAGUAG